AUGAUGGUGAGAAAAACCAUUAAAGAUUUUGGGAUUCCUUUCACCUACGUAUCUGCAAAUUGCUUUGUUGGUUACAUGGUUGGCGGGUUGUGUCAACUUAGUCAUAUUCUUCCUUCGAGGGAAUCUGUCCUCUGGUUUGGAGAUUACACAGAUCAAGGGUAUAUACAAAGUGGGUUUGGUGUUCGGUUCAUCGGGGCUAAAGUGGGUUUUGAUGCAGGUGGUGAUGAUUCGUUCGACGAGAUGUUUCAAGGUGGUGUAAGUGGCAACCAGUCUUUGUCUUUUGGUUGUUUCGAUUUCAGAAGGGUUGUGCAAUGGUUUUUGCUCUUGGCUGGUGGUAGCAACGGGUAA